AGCAAAAAAGCCACACCCCAUGACUAAGAUACACAGCUUAACACGAGAAAGGCAAGAAAGAAUCUAAAUCAACCCCGAAUCUGAUUUAUACACAAACUUUCCAUACAAAUUUAGAGAAAGAAAAAGAGGGCAGUUCUUGUUUUGUGCAUUGCUGUUGAAAUUUCUGGUCUUUUUUCUUCCAUAGUGUCAGGAAAGUCGAAGGCGGCGGUGGCGACGGCGACGAUGAUGCAGAAGAGGCGGAGGAGGACGACGGUGGCGGUGUUGCGCCAGGUGCUAACGUGCGCCAUAGCGACAAUAGCCCUUGUGGCGCUUCUCUCCGCUCACGUCCAAGUGAUUUUCCCGUCCUCGGAGGUAACCAAGUUGCCUGACAAGCUCCCCACGCUAUAUGAAUUUGGGUACCAAAGACGGAGCAGAAAGCGAAGCUGGACUCAAGAAUUUUUCCCGCCCCAUUUGUCAAAACUUCCCGGACCUGCUGGCAAGGUUUGGCAGUUGGAUGGUGCGAAUCGGAGUUCUAAUCUGGACAAGUUAUGGAGACGACCACCGAAUCGAAACUAUGUUCCUUGUGUAGUGCCCAGCGAAUCGUACACAUCUCCUCCGGAGUCUCAAGGCUACCUUCUGGUUCAUACAAAUGGUGGGCUUAACCAGAUGAGGGCUGGGAUAUGUGAUAUGGUUGCUGUUGCUCGUAUUAUAAAUGCUACUCUUGUGAUUCCAGAGCUCGAUAAACGCUCAUUUUGGCUCGAUUCUAGCAAUUUCUCCGAUGUUUUUGAUGAAGAUCAUUUCAUUAGUUCUUUGGCAAAUGAUAUCAAGAUCAUAAGAAAGCUACCUAUUGAACUGGAAAAUGCGAGUAGAGCAGUUAAGCAUUUCAGAAGUUGGUCCGGUAUGGAUUACUAUGCGGAAGAAAUAGCUGGCAUGUGGAACGAAUAUAAGGUCAUUCGAGCUGCAAAGUCUGAUUCACGGUUAGCUAAUAAUAAUCUUCCCCCAGACGUUCAAAAAUUGCGGUGCCGAGCUUGUUAUGAAGCCCUUCGUUUCGCACCCGAAAUCGAGGCAAUGGGAAAGUUGUUGGUUGACCGGAUGAGAUCCUAUGGUCCAUAUAUUGCUUUACAUUUACGAUAUGAAAAAGACAUGCUUGCCUUUAGUGGAUGCACCAACGAUUUAUCACCAGAAGAAGCGGAGGAAUUAAAAGAAAUCAGGGAGAACACGACCUGGUGGAAAGUGAAAGACAUUGAUCCGUUAGAACAGAGAGCCAAAGGCUAUUGCCCGUUAACUCCAAAGGAGGUUGGAAUGUUCCUUUCAUCUCUAGGGUUUCCGUCGAAAACUCCUAUAUACAUCGCCGCUGGGGAGAUAUAUGGGGGUGAAUCCCGCAUGUCUGAUCUACGAUCACGCUAUCCCUUAUUAAUGAAUAAGGUAUAUACUAGGUUUGGUCGUGGAGAAUGUGAGACAUCAGGUUUGACGAUUGAUUCAUACUGUUUUAUCGUGCAGGAAAAGUUGGCAUCUGCUGCAGAGCUUGAACCAUUUGUGAACCAUGCAUCUCAGAUGGCUGCGCUGGACUAUAUUGUGUCAGUUGAGAGCGACAUAUUUAUCCCUUCAUACUCGGGAAAUAUGGCAAGAGCAGUUGAGGGUCAUCGUCGGUUCCUAGGACAUAGGAAAACUAUUUCUCCUGAUAGGAAAGUACUCGUUCGCUUUUUUGACAAAGUUCAGAUGGGGAAAAUGAAAGAAGGCAGUAACCUGUCAAACCGCUUGAUUGAAAUCCAUAAAAGAAGGCAAGGAUCACCAAGGAAGAGAAAAGGGCCAAUUUCAGGAACAAAAGGAAUGGAUAGGUCCCGUUCAGAAGAGGCGUUUUAUGUGAAUCCUUUACCAGAUUGCCUGUGUCAAACGGAGCCACCAUAUACAAACAACUCCCACGCUACCAAAUAAACGAGAGACGAGAAGAAUGUCUCUCCCCACCCCAAGGAAAGAACACCCGAGCGAGCUUACAGGCAUCGUAAUUAUUGAAGCUAGAGCCAUAGGAGUUAACGGUGGAUCAACUCGGGCUGCAAGAUGAGUAUAUGUCAUCUUUUGGCUUCAAGGGGAACUUAAAGCACAGAUUGUACAGAGAUUACAGAGGAGAGAUUUCUCACAGGAAAGCAAUGUGUACAUUAAGCAAACUAUUUUUUUGUGUUUGCUUUUCUGAGCAUUCUUUUGAACACAAGUAUAGGAAGAGGAGUUUUUGCAGAAAUAUUUGUGGGCAUUCUUUGUUUUUAACUGCUGCAAUGAAUGGCACAAAUUUUCAUCA